AUGAAAUUUUCUACUAUUACGUCACUAUUUCUUGCCAAUGCUGGCCUUGCUCUCGCUGCUCCCAGCAAGACAUUAGUCAAGGCUACUGCUAUUGAAGCAACGACAGGUGACAAUGGUAUCACCACACCCCUUCCCAUUCAGCCCGGAAUGGUCGACAACUGCGACCUCUUUCACUUAGUCAAGAAAGAUACAGGCUGUCUCCAGGUCGCGACCCAGUACGGAAUCACCUUUGAGCAAUUCAAGGAGUGGAACCCCACUGUUGGUGACGAUUGUUCUACUCUCUGGGCCGACGCCAACGUUUGUGUUCGUACUAUUGGAUACGUAUACCCAGUUUCAGUUGCUUGCUUUGGCAGCCGAGAUGUCCUGCCCUGGGGCAAGAACAAGGCUGCCGCGCUCACUGCAGCGCAUGAUUGGUGCUAUACUAAGACCACUACUGGCUUUUACGACAUCUAUGAGACCAGGACUGGAUGCAUUAACGCACCUUCGGGAGGGGGAAAGUUUGUGUUUGAGAUAUCCACCAAGCAUGGAAGAAGAGUCGGCCUUACUAGCUCCAAGUGCGAGAAGUUCCUCGACCUCGGUAUUAAUGGUUGUCCUGAGGGAGCUCAGACAAAUACAGAGGGCUGGUCCAUGGAGACUACCUUUGAGACUGGAAAGUGCAAGGCUUGA